CCCCCACACCCAUAUGCAAGAUCAGUUUGGUAUCGUUUUCUGGUCAACAAAGUUCCCAUCCAGCCUCUACGGGUCAAAAUUGGUCGAUCAUCCUCUUUCAAGUGUGUUCUCUGCUCUGUGUCCUUCGAAGAUCUUGCACAUUUUGCCCUUCUGUGUCCCCCAAAAAUGCGUUUAUGGUUUGAUGUUCUGGAAUGUUACUACCCCGGCCUUUCUUUCUUUCCUGAUCAGCUCACCCGUUUUCUCUUUCAUCUGAUAGUCCCACCGCUUGUCCUGGAUGUUCCCCGCUUUUUCACCAUCUGUGGCACCGCCUUACACAACAUUUGGUUAGCACAUUGGCGCUUUGUUGUUCACGAUCAACCUUUUCUUCCUGCUCGACUCCUUGGCUCCAUCCGAUCGCAGGUAGAUAUCAUCCUGACCUCCCCCACCAAAUAG